AAAGCUAAGGCGAGUGAAGUGAAUGAUAUUAGAGCGGAGGGAGCAGUCGAAGUCUGGAGUGGUCGGUCAAGUUGAGAGCCAGGACCGCAGCAUAUGUGAUAUGGGCGCUGGGCGUUGAAAGUUUUACAAGUCCGGGCCACCUCUAGAUGUUCUCAGGGCAGCAGAAGCAGGCGAUCCAGCCCUAGCGCAGCCCUAACAUCCUGCAAGCGAUGGCGUGCUUUUGGGAAGCGAAGAUGCUGAUCACCGUGCUGACUUGCGUGCUGCUCCUCAACAAUGCGCUGGCCGAGAGUCCGAAAAUCUUCAUGAACCAGUACGCAGUGCACAUCCCGAGUGGCCAUGAAUCCGCCAGUGCCAUAGCAAGCAGCCACGGCUUCACAAAUCUAGGACAGAUCGGUGCUCUCAAGGGGUACUAUUUAUUCGAGCAGCCGCGAGUCCACAAACGGUCCAUCAACCCAAACGCCACGUACCACUCAACUCUGAUCAACAAUCCCAAGGUUCUCUGGGUGCAACAGCAGCAUGUCAAGAAGAGAACAAAACGAGACUUCCUCUCCGACUACACCAGUCCUUACGGCGCCUUUGACUCGCUUUACCCGAGCUCGAGUCUGCAAUCGAGGGCGGUGGCGACGCCUUUCCAAACGCUCUACAGAGGGGCAGGCUCGGACCCUCUCUUCAAGGAGCAGUGGUACAUGAACGGUGGUGCGAAGGACGGCUUCGACAUGAACGUGAGGCCAGCGUGGCAGAAAGGCUACACGGGGAAAGGAGUCGUGAUUUCCAUCCUCGAUGACGGCAUACAAACAAACCAUCCUGACUUGGCGCAAAACUACGACCCGCAAGCCAGCACAGACAUCAAUGACAACGAUCCUGACCCCAUGCCCCGAGACAACGGGGACAAUAAGCACGGCACGCGGUGUGCCGGCGAGGUUGCAGGUGUUGCCUUUAAUAAUAUAUGUGGCGUGGGCAUCGCGUACAACGCCAGCAUUGGAGGAGUUCGGAUGCUUGAUGGAGUGGUGAAUGACGCUGUGGAAGCCAAAGCGCUGGGGCUCAAUCCCGCCCACAUCGACAUCUACAGCGCCUCCUGGGGCCCGGAGGACGACGGAAAGACCGUGGAUGGACCCGGUCCUCUGGCGAGACGCGCCUUUAUUUACGGCGUAACCUCGGGUCGCAAUGGAAAGGGAUCAAUAUUUGUGUGGGCGUCGGGUAAUGGAGGCCGUCACACCGACUCUUGCAAUUGCGAUGGAUACACAAACAGCAUUUUCACUCUGUCUAUUAGCAGUGCCACUCAAGGAGGGUUCAAGCCUUGGUAUCUGGAGGAGUGCUCGUCGACCCUGGCCACUACGUACAGCUCGGGCACACCUGGCCACGACAAGAGUGUCGUGACCGCGGACAUGGACGGCCGCUUAAGAGCCGACCACAUUUGCACAGUGGAGCACACAGGCACCUCCGCUUCGGCACCGCUUGCCGCGGGCAUUUGCGCCCUUGCCUUGGAGGCUAACCCCAACUUGACCUGGAGAGACUUGCAGUACUUGGUGGUGCUCACUUCCAGAUCAGAGCCGCUCGAGCGUGAACGUGGUUGGAUCGUCAACGGCGUGAAGAGAAAAGUGAGUCAUAAAUUUGGAUAUGGGCUGAUGGAUGCUGGAGCCAUGGUGGAUCUCGCUGAGCAGUGGAUUACAGUACCUUCUCAGCAUAUUUGUAAAUCUCCAGAGCUGAACGAAGACAAACAAAUUCAACCCAAUUCUGGGCAAAUUCUCCAGGCACAGAUGGAUGUGGACGGCUGCACCGACACAUAUAACGAAAUCCGCUACCUGGAACAUGUACAGUGCAAGCUCUCGCUUCGCUUCUUCCCCAGAGGCAAUCUACGCAUUUUGCUUACCUCCCCCAUGGGAACCACGUCUGUGUUGCUGUUUGAACGACCAAGGGACGUGGUUAGUUCCAGCUUUGAUGAUUGGCCAUUCCUUAGCGUUCACUUCUGGGGUGAAAGACCUCAAGGCAGGUGGACUCUACAGAUCAUCAAUGGCGGUAAUAGACAAGUUAACCAGCCAGGCUUCUUGAGAAAGUGGCAGCUUAUAUUUUACGGCACUAAGGACAAUCCAAUCAGGUUGAAGAACAACUUGGCGGCAGCAAGAAACCUUGGAGGUGCUUCCAGUCAAUUUUCAAGUACCUACAGCAGCUACCAGCAGCCAUACGGACAACAGUCGUUUGGUGACAUGUUUGGUGCUGGAAGCGAAAAUUUGGAGACUGUUGUCGCUGCGCCCAACAGCACAACAGACAAUGUGCAAGCAGCCAACGAGAGCGAUGGAAUUUCCAAACAUUGCCACCCCGAGUGCAGUGAUUACGGGUGCUAUGGCCCUAACUCUACAGACUGUGUCUCUUGCAAAAACUACAAAUUAAACAGCACCUGCCUUGAGGAGUGCCCACAGCAUUGCUUCCCCAGCUCAGCGGGUGUUUGUCUCCUCUGCCACAGCAAGUGCGAGAGCUGCAAGGGACCAAAACAGAAUGACUGCCUAACAUGCAAGACAGGGGCAAAUCUGAGUGAUGGCCUCUGUGUUGACAAGUGCCUCAAUGUGAACAACGAAGAUGUUCCAUGUGAAAACACGUCAUCAACAGUUAGAAGAGCAGUUGAUGACAACAAAACUCCUGGAAUGACUGUGGUUAGCCAUACAGUCAAGUCCAAUUAUUUAGAUGCAGUAGCUAUCCUAGGAGCAGCCCUUACUGUGGUUGCAGUGAUUCUUGUUACCAUAAGAAAGUUAAAUAAUAUUAAUAGACCUAAGAAGUGGUAUGUCGACUACCAAAUUGUACCCACAAGACAAGGCGACUUCGAUGAAAGCUGAUAAUAAAGUGAUUUUUCCAUGAAUCUGUGUUACGAGCUAUAUGGCAAACAGUAUUUUUUUGUAAAUAAAUUGUUUUAAUUUCAAAAAUACAUGAAUGUUGGAAGAUCAAUCAG